UUCUACCUCUCUCUCCGACCUCAUUUCUGUCUCCAACGUCUCAUCCUUCAGGCAAAAAUCUGAAGAUCUACUUGUUCCAUGAUCCAUUUGUAAGGCCCCCAACAUUCUCGGAACCAGAAAAACAGCAAGAAAUUUCUGAGCAUUCAAAAUUCUCCUCUCUCUCUCUCUCUCGUAGAUCUCCCAUGGCGGACGAAUCUUACUGUAAACACAAUUUGAAGAUGGCAAUGUUAAACCAUGAACACACAUUUCGUCACCAAGUUUAUGAGCUCCACCGAUUGUACAGAAUUCAGAAGGUUUUGAUGAAGAACAUAGCUGAAAACAGGGGAAAAACAGAGGAGGAAGAAGAAGAAGAAGGUGAAGAGAUUGAGUUUAUUCAGGAAAGUGAGAUUGAAUUGACAUUGGGGCCUUCCAGUUAUAGUAAUCAAGUUGGAGGGAGGAGAAGGAGGAGAAAGAAAUUGGGUGAAUUAAUGAAAGGAGGUUCCGAUUCUUCCUCCUCCUCGACCACUGGAUCUGCGCCUAAAGGUGGAAUUCUUUAUCGAGAUGGCGAGUUUCUGGGAUUUCUCGAGCUUCAAGAUGAAACCCGGCUUGCUCAACACCAUCCAAAUCCAUGGCUUUGUCAAGUUGUAAGCCUUAAUCUCACUUGAUUUUCAUUUUUUAUGUUUAUUGAUUGAUUUUGUUUUUCUAGUUUUUAUAAUUCCCUUGUCAUUGGCUGAUUGAGAGCCUUAUCUGUGUACAAGUUUAUAACCGAGUUAAUAUCAUUAUCACCCGCCCUUUGCACAUGAC